AAAGCAUGGAACAAAAGAGCAGAUGAGAGCCUCUGAAACGGAGGCGGCAGAACGGGAAAGUCCCCAAACCCGAGCACACCCACAAAUCGGAGUAGACAACUGCAGCUGGAAGCGCCAUGGGAAGUUGAAGGUAAGCUUGACUGAGGAAGAGGCCCUCAACGGAGUGUCUCAGCUCCGCCGCGCUCUGAAGAAACCAGGUCUUCGAGGAGAGGCUCUACAGACUUGACUCGCUUCAAUGGAGGAGGAGCACUGACACGGCAAGACGGAAAGAACAGAGAAGAGGCAGCGACGCUCAAGAUCCGCUCUUCCACGGCAAGGGGUGACGGAUCUGACCCAGAUCUGUCGGUAGUGGCUCGAACCCAAAAAGCAAAUACAAGCGGCCUGAUUCGGAUCUACUUUACAGCGCCUCGCCCUCGCUCCAGAGAAUGCUAGAACACAUUAGCUUUCUGUUUAGGUCCGACGAAUCAGAGAUCCAGAGCAGAAGCAGCAAAGAGGCGAUGAUGGAAGCAGAGGAAGGCAGGGGAGAGACUGAAGCUGAACAGCAAACGAAAAAGACGGGUGGUCGACGGUUAGAAACCGACCGCCGACCACCGAAAACGAGAAAGAAGAACGGCCGAACCCUAACGCGAUGGAGGAGGAAAGAGAGAUGAAAAGAGAGAGUUAGGGUUUUUACUUGUACAAUGUUCGAUCCAAAGUGUACUGACAUAAUCGUCUAUUAUGUAAAAAUGACAUUCAUUCUCUAAAUUUUAAAACAUCUCCUUCGAGAAGAAAUAUAGAAAAUGUCAUAUAUUUACAAUGAAUAUAUCUAUUUCUAAUUCCAAAAAAAAGGUUAGUAAUUAAUAUAAUCAUCAUUGGAUCCGAGAAAUCACAUUGAUGAAUGUGUCUUCGGGGCAAGGAAUGGUCAAGCAACCUGGGUGAUCGAAACCAAACUCUUCCUCGGAUUUACUAAGAAGAGCUUGAAACGGAGGCUGACUCAAGUAUGAGAUCGGCACCAUAAAUGAUAUAUCUCAUCUUCUGACUCUCUCCUACGUACACCGCAAGAAACCCUUUUUGCACCACCGUAGAAGCUGCUGGUAUAUAAAGGCCAAUAAUCUUCUUUGCACCAAGUAGACCUCUUCUCAUCAACGCCAUCUCUUUUAGUAAAGUUUGAAACUCUUUUGAUGCUCCCUGAACCUGAAUAUGUAUCAAAAGAUUCAAGUUGUUGGAUAACUUGCUUGUUUUUUGUUGAUGAUAUAAAUAAAGGGUUAUGUGUAUAUAUAGAGAAAGAUCAAUGAUAAGUUUGAACCUUCUUUGAAAAAUCCUUGAAACUUAUGGUCUACAAGUGUGGGACAGGAUAUAACAUGGUUCUGUCUUACCAUUUCUAAAAGAUGCAUUAAUGAAAUUUGUCUACUUGGAUAAUCUCCAUUUCUUUUUACUUCUAAUUUUCAUGUGUGAUCUUAUUUAUAAAGAACAACUUAAACGGUGACAUAGACGUGUUGUUCUGUUGGUGAGGAACUUCAGGUCCCCACUAUUAGUUCUUAUUAAAUCCACUUAGACCACAGAAAUUAGAUAAUAGGACUAAUAACCAACCAUAGAACGUGAAAGAGAAAUCCUUGCUGGUCUUUGUUAUUGACAAUGGAAUAUGUAUCAUCUAUAAUUUUUGAGAAUACAAGCCCUUGUGACUCAUUUAUCAAGACAAAUUGCAUUAAUGCAUCUUUUCCAUAGUUAAGACAAAACCAUGUGAUUUUCUCUAGUCUGUCCCAAGAUUCAAGACCACAAGUUUCAAAGUUUUUUGUUCUGAGAGAUCUCAACUCAUUCAUUUAUUUAUCUAUCUAUAUAUAUACACAUGAGCCCUUCUUUCUAUCAUCAACCAAAAACAAGCAAUCCAGUAACAUUAACCCUUUCAUACAUUUUCAAAAGAAUUCAAACUUUCAGAAAAAUGGCUUUGGUGAGAAGUCUAUUGGGAGCAAAGAAGAUUCUUGGCCGCUCUGUAACAGCAACAGCUUCUACGAGCAAAAGAGUAGCCUCAGCGGCACCAAAAGGGUUUCUUGCGGUGUACGUAGGAGAGAACCAGAAGAAGAGAUAUGUGGUGCCAGUCUCAUACUUGAAUCAGCUUUCGUUUCAAGCUCUUCUCAGUAAAUCUGAAGAAGAGUUUGGGUUUGAUCAUCCAAUGGGUGGCUUAACCAUCCCUUGUCCUGAGGACACUUUCAUCAAUGUGACUUCUCGGCUUCAAUGAUGAUUAUCCAACAUAUUGUUCGUCUAGUUAGAGAUAGAAUUGUUCCUUGUAAAUAGAGAAGUUUUUUUCUCUUGUUCUUGAAAGAGUUGUUCUAUAAUUUUUUUGAAAGUGAAUGCCAUAGACACAAUUCUCUCAAUCCCUUUCAAUGUGAUAUUAUUUGAUCAUAACUUCAUUUGGCGUC